AAUGACCUCAAACUAUAUUGCUCUUUUGAUAAAACUAAUCCCAAUAAUGAUCUGCAGGAAGCAAUGGAUGUUAUCUUAAAUUGGUCCAAAAACUUAUUACUAGAGUUAAACCAUGAUAAAACCGGUUGCAUAAGUCUAGGAAAACACCCUAAAACUCUAAUAUAUAAGCUUGAGGACUCUAUCAUAAAACGAGAAUCAUAGUGAGGGACCUUGGAUUCUUCAUUAAUAAUAAAUUGAAUUUUGAAGAACACUGGCAAAAAUCGAUAAAUAAGGCAAAAUAUUCAAGUUAUAAUGUUUUCAAGUCGUUUCAUUCAAACAACAUAAAGUUAAUGGUUUUUCUUUUCAAAACAUUCAUAAGACCUUUCUUUGAAUACGGAAUUCCGGUUACAAACACCUUGAAAAAAAGUAUGGUUAAAGAAAUAGAAUCGGUCCAAAAUUCCUUCGCACGAAAACUUUUGUUCAGAAUAGCUGGGCGCGUGAUAAAAAGGACCGACAAAGACUACUCAAACUCAGCUGAAAGAUCAAAAUUGUAUGGGCUGGAGCUUCUAGA